AUUGGACCCCACUGCGCUCAUCACUGCUAUACUGGACGGCCUACUCUCCUACCCUGCUCUCUCCGCCCCAUCGUCCCCCUAUUCCUCCUCCUCAUCCUCCCCUUCCUCCUCCUCCACCUCUCACUCACCAUCCGCUGCAACCGCCCUCACCUCUGCUGCUUGCUGCCUGCGAAUACUAGCUGCCUUUGCCCUCCUCCAUCCUGAGCGGGUUGCUGCUGCGCUCUCCUCCUCCAUCUUCUCCCCGUCAGCCCUAUCAUCGGACCUUCAACUCCAAUCAGGCCCUGCCACGAGCCCUCUGCACCUGCUGUGCUUUCAGAUCGAGCAACCACUGGGAAGCUUCCCCUUCACUCUCGCAGCUCUGGACCUGGCAGCCGCGCUGGUGAAGCAGGGAGUGACAGGAGGACCAGUGCCGGACCUGCUGGGGUUUGCGGUGAUGGACGUGAUGCCGAAUUACGGGGCAUGGCGCAUGGACGAUGGCAGGGAGCGAUGGCUCAUGGCUGGCAAGGUGAGACCGUGA